GGGGGUUGGUUUCAUACCCAAACUUUCUUGGAGGUGAGCUGGUCUCAACACCCUCCGCAAGGCAACCAGAUACUUACAAAAGUAGAAAGGAUUACUUUUCACGAAGCACUGAUAUUUCGUUCACGGAAAUACUUUCCAUAGAUGAUGGGAGGAACAGCCUUCUUCUUCAUCGCUGUGGUCGUCAAUGCUUUCAUGGUGCUGGUCACCGCGACGUACCCAGUGGUCAAAAUGGAACAAAAGAAUGCAAAUGACCUUGAAAAUCUCCUGGAAGACGACUACCUCUUCCCGGUAAGGAAAAAUAUGUCCAGGGAAGCCCGUCAAAGACAGUUGAACUCCGCCAUGUGGUUGGGUGUGACAAGGGCUCCUCCCCCGUCGCUAACCACUCACUCAAUCCAUGACAGACCGGCGCUGGUAGAAAUUAACGAAUUCCUACUCGAAUCUGAAGACGAGGCUCUAUCUCGCGACAAGCGGCAGACAGGAUCCGGCGAUUCGGAUGCAGUUGAGGCUACCAUUACUCUCGACGAAGAAUUUACCGCUGCUAGUGCCAACGAAGCCAGUCGAACAGCGGCGGUAGAGAGCCAGCUUCAGAGCGAGCUAACCAACAAUGACAUCAGCGUGGAUUCGACAUCAGCCACUUCUAUAUCAGAUGUUGAUGGUCAGACCAUGUAUCGCCUCUCUGUCACAUUCUCUGCGGCGACAGACAGGGCCGGACUGGCCUACGUCCUGAUGCUGCUGCGACGUCGUGGGCGGUUCAGCGGCUUCAAUAUCGUUGUGAACCCAACGGUACAGAACGCGGCCAGCGUUGAAACAAAUGCUAUAUGUCUACUGUGCCCCGCUGAUAAACCUUGUAUCGAUGGAGAAUGCGGAGUUCCGUCUACAGCCUCUGGAAGUGGUCUUUUCCCAUAUGGGUACUGGAUGGUUGAUAGCAGACUGAGGCACACAAGAUGGGAUGUAUCAAGUGAGGAAUUGUCAAUUGAAGAUGGCUUCCCCUUCUACAGUACUGUUGAAGAGAAGUUUUAUAUUGGAGACAAUGGUGGCGUGAGCUUUGGGCAGGAAUACAACCCGUACUUCCUCGCAAGUAUGGGUAGCGCAGAGGUCAAGUAUGCGUGUAUAUACUGCGACGACUUUGACAUUAGAUUCGGCGGAGAUGUCUUCUACCACAUCUAUGUUGCUGGGGAGGACGAUGCCGAUGCAGUGUUGGACAGAGCCACAGCGGAAAUAAGCGCCAGAACAUCACGUGGUGGUUUCAGGGCAUCAUGGGCGUGUGUGAUCACGUGGUACAAUGUUCCCGAAUUCACAACUUAUAGUGCCACAGCGUCGAUUGCGAUCCGCAACACCUUCCAGAUGGUGAUGGUCACAGACGGCGAGGUGUCAUUCAUAAUGUAUUUCUAUAGUGACAUUCAAGCUUCCACGUCCUUCCGUGAGCAGGCCGUCCAUGGUUAUAAAGGGGCCAGCCAAUUCACCGAGCUGGAAUACUCCAGGCGAGAAACUGAAAUCGCUGGUGCCGAGGGAUUCGCGCUAUUUGAUAAACCAAUCAUGAGCGACGUUCUGGGCAACUCCCAAGGAGAAGUAGGGGUUUGGCUGUUUCAAGUCGGGGAAAUAGUCAACGUGAGUCCCGCUCGCCAGUGUACUCAGUGGUACCGUGAAAACCUCCCGUCCAGAUCAUUCUUCUCAUCACGGGCUUUUUUCCUUGGUAACAGACGUUGCCCCUGUCGACGUGAACUUGUACAAUGGUCGGCUAGAUUCCUUCCAGCUCCACCGUACUUCGGCGAGGACGUGUACUGUGUGGAAAUGCAGGCGACAACUAGUCUGGAUACCUUUGAAUGCUGUUACGACAGGACCGGUAGCUUCAUCGACAGCCUCCCUGAUGCAGGAACCUACAACCGCUACAGCAAGCUCAAAGACCCCUUCCGCCAUCAGCUCCAAGACAGUGACCCUAAGGACUGGUGCUGUAGACAGUCCAAUUUGUGUCAUCUCUACGAGAGAGUCAGGCCUAAGUCCAGAUGUUUCUUCAACGUUUGGCGAGCUAUCCUAUUCUUUAUUUUCGGCGACCCUCACUUUAUGACACUGGACGGCAAGGUGUUUACCUUCAACGGAUUGGGGGAGUACAGGCUGAUUGAACUGGAACCAACAGACAAGAGCUUCACUUUCAAGCUACAGUGCAGAACUGCCCAGGCACGUUCGAGCACAGGAGAGAAGGUCAAGGCCACAUUGUUCUCUGCCUUCGCGGUGGAACAGAAAAGUGACACUCUAGGAACAGGGAAGAUUCACGUUGGUCUCAACAAGGACAAGACAAGAAUGGUGAUCUAUAUCGACGAAGUGGAUGUGACUACUCAAUUUUAUGACGAAGCCAACUUCAAGAGAACAUCGGACCAUCUUAUCGCCUCUAAAUUAAACGACACGAAGGCUGAAUUUUCUUUCCCUGGAAUAGGGGUCGUUGUGACAAUGACCAUCAUCUCGGGGACACUGUCACAGGCGACAGUUCUUCAGGAGAGAUACAGGGGUCUACCAAAAGGUCUUCUUGGGAAUUACAAUGGUGAUAAUACGGAUGACUUCAAAUCCCCUGAUGGAGCCGAAACCUAUCCGGACACGGCCACAGAUGACGUACUCUACCCUUUCGGCCAGUCAUGGGCCAUAACUGUUCAAGAAGACUCUGUUCUUCAUUACAAUCCUGGCCAGACAAUAUCGACCUUCACAGAUGACACAUAUACCCCAUUGUUUGACAAGGACAUAUCAGAUGUCGAUCGCGAAGCUGGUAUUGCUAAGUGUGGCGGCGCGGAUAAAAAACAGUGUAUCUUUGACUACGCAGUCACCAAAAACGAAGCUCUCGCAAAUGCUGCCACAAGUCAACUCGAGGAAGCUAAGGCCGCUACUGAAAAUCUAGCAAACCGAAAUCCUACGAUAACUGGAACAAGGCAGAUCGAUGCCGAAUUAGGCAAAGCCAUCACCUUUAAAUUCAACGCCUCCGACGAGGACAGUGACACCAUUACCUACAUUGCCGUGAAAAAACCCACUGGUUUCACCUUGGACGCAGCCACUGGUUUGGCAACGUGGACCCCGUCCGGAAAUGAUCCUGUUUCUAUAAGCGUUGCUGCCAAGGACACGAAGGCCGCUCAGUCUCCCGUGCUUGAUGUUCAGGUGCGGUUGUGUAAAGGAUGUGGUAAUGAUGGUCAGUGCAAUUUUGACACCCCAGAGACACGUCCAACAUCACAGAAUGCAUCGCUUUUCCAAGUGGCAUCGUGUAAAUGCAACACUGGUUACUCAGGUUUAGCGUGUGAAAAUGACAAGAACGGCUGUAUUACCCCCAAUCCUUGUGGCCAGUUACGCACAUGUACUGAUGUCAAUGCUACUGAAGAAGUGAGAACUGGUCAAGCAUACACGUGCUCUGCCUGUCCCCCUGGGUACAACUCAAACAACCCUGCCGCAAAUGCAGAAUGUAAAAAUAUUAAUGAAUGCCUGGCUAACGACGGGAGAGGAGACUGUCCGGUCAACUCAAAAUGUGAAGAUACGAUUGGUUCCUUCAUGUGCAUGUGUGAGAAGGGAUUCAGGAAAGAUAGCAGCGGCAAAUGUGUCGAUAUUGAUGAGUGUGACGAGAGCAGCAGCGACUGUGUACAAACAUGCAACAACAUCGACGGCGGCUGGCAAUGCGGCUGUUACGAUGGAUACACCCUCAACGCUGAUAACAAAACAUGCGACGGAGCGCCUGUUGGCGCCUGCGCAACCACUGAAUGUGAACAAUUGUGUGACAACGGCACCUGUAAAUGCAGACCAGGCUUCACCCUUGAUUCUAAUCUAAAAAACUGCACAGAUGUCAACGAAUGUGACCAGAACCUGUGCGGUCAAAUCUGUAACAACACCGUCGGCAGCUACGUAUGCUCCUGCUACACCGGCUUCAAACUGUCACAAGACAAACAGACCUGCCUCAAAUGUGGCUUCCCGAAGUGGGGGGUAGAAUGUCAAUCCACAUGUGAAUGUCAAGGUCGGGCCACGAGCUGCGACCCCGCUAGGGGAUGUGUGUGUACUGCGGGAUGGACAGGACCAAGGUGCAACGAAGAUGUUAACGAAUGUCAGGCGAACCCUACCAUCUGCGGCAACUCGCAAACAUGUUCUAACACCAACGGGUCAUAUGUAUGCAUGUGUAGUGAAGGUUAUGUCAAGAACGGAACCGACUGCAUAGAUAUUGAUGAGUGUAAAUCUACCACCGACGCCAACGUUUGUCCUUCCAAUUCCAUAUGUGUCAAUGUCGUUGGCUCGUUCGCUUGUAACUGUAACCCAGGCUACACGAAGGAGGGCAGUAAUUGCACGGACAUCAACGAAUGCAGCAACGGACAGGACAUUUGUGAACAAUCAUGUAUGAACGUGGUGGGCAGCUACAACUGUUUCUGCAACGGCGGUUACACCCUCAACGAUGAUAGGAAGACGUGUACUAAAGAUCCUGAGCAGACUGACCCCUGUGCGGGACUGACCAAUCUGAACUGUAGCCACUACUGUGAGGUGGUCAGUGGCAGCGCUGUCUGUAAAUGUAACCGAGGCUAUUCACUGGGUGCUGACCAAAUGACGUGUGUUGACUUUAACGAAUGCGACAAUGCAACAUUAAACCUGUGUACCGACAAGAGCACCUGCACAAACACUCCGGGUUCUUACAAAUGUACCUGUACAUCUGGUACAAAUCUAGACAAUGAUGAGCGGACAUGUGUUGCCUGCGAUGACAGCCACUGGGGUGUGAAUUGCUCAAGUGAGUGCGGAUGUGCCCCUCUGGGGACACAGGUCUGUAACAAGACCACGGGCUGCAGCUGCAAGAGCGGCUGGACGGGGGACAAAUGUCAGAGCGAUAUCAAUGAAUGUUCCACCGCUACCUGCCAGGCAAACUCCGACUGUCAAAACACGCCUGGAUCGUUUCUCUGUCAAUGCCGUACAGGUUUCAUAGCAAAUGGAAACAGUUGUGACGAAGUCAACGAGUGUUCGAGCAGCACGGAGAACGAGUGUGACCAUGACUGCACCAACACUGUUGGCAGCUAUCAGUGUUCCUGCCAACCGGGCUUUGUGCUGGAGGGGAAGGGUACUUGUAAAGAUAUAGACGAAUGCGCCCGUGGGACAAGUGGUUGUCCGCAAAAGUGUAGAAACAAUCUUGGCGGAUAUGCAUGUGAAUGCUACGAUGGCUAUGAGCUUACACCAAACAGGUUAAAUUGCAUACUGAAACCUGGAGCUACGACUUGCAACAGAACAGACUGCUCCGCCAACGGUGGUUGUCGUGUUGAAGGAGGAACAGACAUAUGUUUCUGUAACCCAGGAUACCAGCUAAGUGACGCCGACAACAAAACCUGUGAUGACAUUGACGAGUGUGACGUGAAUACAACGUGUUCGCAGAACUGUACGAACUCACCUGCUGGCACGUACACAUGUUCCUGCUCUGAUGGCUUCCAGUUGGCUGCUGACAUGGCAACUUGUGGAGCAUGCCCUGAAGGAAAGUAUGGAUCCAACUGUGCUCAAAACUGCAGCUGUGACGCCACAAACACCAUCAGCUGUAACGCAACUGACGGCAGCUGUAGCUGUAGGACUGGAUGGAAUGGAACGACGUGCACGGAGGACGUACCAGAGUGUACCGAAACUCCCAAUAUCUGCGGCACCAACGGCGUGUGUAACGAGAGGAACGGUUCCUAUUCCUGCACUUGCCAACCAGGAUACAUCAGAGCUGGAGAUGCAUGUAGUCAAUGCACUUCGACAACAUUUGGGGUAAACUGUGCAAGUCAAUGCACGUGUACUUUCGCCAACACAGCGUUCUGUAACUUUGUCGAUGGAUCAUGCACGUGCAACACAGGCUGGAAUGGCACCAACUGUGAGACUAACGUCAACGAGUGCUCAGCCGACCCACCUGCAUGUAGCGGCGCUAAUGAGACGUGUCGAGACACUUCUGGCAGCUUUGCGUGUGACUGUGAAGCGGGGUUCCAGAAAUCCCCCGACAAUACUCAAUGUAUUGGAUGCCAAUCUCCGACCUAUGGUACAGACUGCUCAAGCACCUGCACCUGUAUUUCCGCAAACACAGCGUCCUGUAACCCGGUCAAUGGAUCCUGCACGUGUACCUCUGCCUGGACCGGCAUCAACUGUGAGACUAACGUCGACGAGUGUUUAGCCACCCCAUCUGUCUGUACUGGGGCUCAAGAGGUGUGUCGCGACACAAACGGUAGCUAUGUGUGCGACUGUAAUCCUGGGUUCGGGAGACCAACAAGUGGUGCUGCUUGUGCUGCAUGCAAUUCGACAAGUUAUGGCACCAACUGUGAAAACGCAUGCACAUGCAUAUCCGGGAACUCAUUGUCCUGCAACUCGGUCAAUGGAUCCUGCACGUGUACCUCUGCCUGGACCGGCAUCAACUGUGAGACUAACGUCGACGAGUGUUUAGCCACCCCAUCUGUCUGUACCGGAAGUCAAGAGGUGUGUCGCGACACAAACGGUAGUUAUGUGUGCGACUGUAAUCCUGGGUUCGGGAGACCAACAAGUGGUGCUGCUUGUGCUGCAUGCAAUUCAACAAGCUAUGGCACAAACUGUGAAAACGCAUGCACAUGCAUAUCCGGGAACUCAGUGUCCUGCAACUCGGUCAAUGGAUCCUGCACGUGUACCUCUGCCUGGACCGGCACCAACUGUGAGACUAACGUCGACGAGUGUUUAGCCACCCCAUCUGUCUGUACCGGAAGUCAAGAGGUGUGUCGCGACACAAACGGUAGCUAUGUGUGCGACUGUAAUCCUGGGUUCGGGAGACCAACAAGUGGUGCUGCUUGUGCUGCAUGCAAUUCGACAAGUUAUGGCAGCAACUGUGAAAACGCAUGUACAUGCAUAUCCGGGAACUCAUUGUCCUGCAACUCGGUCAAUGGAUCCUGCACGUGUACCUCUGCCUGGACCGGCAUCAACUGUGAGACUAACGUCGACGAGUGUUUAGCCACCCCAUCUGUCUGUACUGGGGCUCAAGAGGUGUGUCGCGACACAAACGGUAGCUAUGUGUGCGACUGUAAUCCUGGGUUCGGGAGACCAACCAGUGGUGCUGCUUGUGCUGCAUGCAAUUCAACAAGCUAUGGCACAAACUGUGAAAACGCAUGCACAUGCAUAUCCGGGAACUCAGUGUCCUGCAACUCGGUCAAUGGAUCCUGCACGUGUACCUCUGCCUGGACCGGCACCAACUGUGAGACUAACGUCGACGAGUGUUUAGCCACCCCAUCUGUCUGUACCGGAAGUCAAGAGGAGUGUCGUGACGUGACCGGCAGCUAUAGGUGUGACUGUAGCACUGGGUUCGGGAGGGCAUCAGCAAGCUCACCGUGUGUUUCUGUUCAAGGGUACAGCACAAUUAUUAUACUGGACGUAAACUACAAUGCCGUGAUUAACAACCCAUCGUCGGCUGCAUACACCAAGCUGCAAGAGGACAUUGCAAAAGCGAUUGACGCUAUCAUCAAAGCUGUGUCCGGAACCGCUCAUAUAAUGAGCGUUGUUGGAACAUUGAGCACGGGUAGCACUGAAGCUCAUGUGUAUCUGAAUAUCGACAAGACCAAAACAAGCAACUAUGAUGGCCUCCUGGCUGCUUCGUUGGAGAAAUUGGCGGAAAUCGGUUCGAUCGAUAUCAAUGGCACCGCCGUUCCCAUCAGCAAAAUCGCUUUCGGCAACAAAGAAAUCACUGCGGGACAAAGUGUCUGUGACGUGUACCACUUUAUACGCAGCCUUUCAAAUGACGAACAUUGUGCACUGGGUAGUAAUGGCAUUCCUGUCGCAACGAAGCUUCCAGGGAAUUCCACACAAGGAUACAACACGAUUGUCACACUGAACGCCAACAGGGACACCAUCUUAGCCAACACGACCAUCGCUCCUUACUUCAAGCUCCAACAAGACAUCGGAAACGGGAUUGACUCUGUCAUAAGUGUUGUGUCCCCCGAUACACACGUGAGCACAUUGGUUGGAAGCCUGAGCAAAGGCAGCGUCAUAGCGCCCGUGUCUCUUCGAGUCGACGUCUCCAAGACGGACAACUUUGACGGCGUAUUGGCAGCGAUGCUGGAGAAACUGGCUGAGGUCGGCAAGAUCACCAUUGAUGGUCUCGUCGUCGCAAUCACUAAACUCGUCUACAACAACAUAGAAAUCACCAAGGGCCAAAGUGUGUGCGAUGUAUACAAGCUGUUACGAAAAUUAGCCAGCAACGAGUACUGUGAGCUGAACAAUGGCAUACCUGUCACAAGGAAACUCCCAGAAGAUUCUGUCAACAUCCCUCUUGCGAUUGGUCUGUCCGUGCCCCUGUUCAUCAUCCUCGUCCUCAUCAUUGCUGGACUCAUCUAUCUCUGCUGCCUGCGGAAUAGGAAGAUGGCUCCGCGUAGGCCGCCGUCGGAUGAGCGUGACGAUGACGCCUUCCGAAGUGCUUUCGUGGGUAACGUACCAACCAAGGGUGACUUCGGUGCUGCUCGCUACAUGAUGUACUCCCCGCACACACUCUCAGAGACCGCGUCCCAGGUCAGCGACGGCUCUGUCAAAAACGGCCGUCGUCCCAAGAACGUUGGAACACGUGACUUCUACGACACACCAUGGGUGAACGAACGUUACCAAGGCCUCACAGAAACAUCAAGACAUCCUGGAGCACGGGGAGAGCCAACAUCUAAUUUCUCUUGGGAAAAUCUAUUUUCUACACUUGACCCUCACAGAAACAGACAGUUCGAAGUCCCGAGACCACAAAUCAACUCAUCCCCUACCAAGGCGUACAGGGAUUCUCUGGCAUAAAGAACAUGUAUGGAUUCGCUUAUUUAUUAUUUUGAAGUCAGUGUGUGCUUUUGACUCUCCUUGUGAAGGGCAAGCCUGCAAUAUUGUGUGCUGGAACACAGACUCAGAGAUCUUUCCAAAGGAUAACGUUUCUGUGCAAUGUGUUCCUAUCGCGUGGUCUCCUACCUCCGGAAUUUCUAAAUUGAAUAUGGAUACAUUUGACAACAGUUCCCUGACUGUGUGGAGAAACGUGGACAAUGGAUACUACAAAAAAAUACACACAUGGGAUUGUACAGUUGGUUUUAAAUGCAUGUAUUCCCCACUAUGAAGGUGAUGUAAAAAUUGUUUUCGUUAAUCUCUUUAUAUUAGUACAUCCUAAUAUAUCGACAUAUUGUAUAGGGCGUUUGUUUUAUUUGUGGGCCACACUUUUGUGAUUCUUUAAAAAAGGACUAUCGAUUAAAUAUUGUCUCCUAUAAUAUUGAAGGUAUUAGUAUUAGUUAUAAGGUUUUCAUUCAAAGAACAAUGCAAUCAAAAGUGCAUAUUAUAUUACAUAGUACAGUAAACUACGGUUGUAACGAACUCAAAGGGACUACUAAUUUUAGUUCGUUAUAACCGUAGUUCGUUAUAAGCAUAUAUACAGCAUAACUUAAGCAAAUAGUCGGGACCAAAAAAGGAAGUUCGUUAUAUCCGUCAGUUCGUUAUAAGCGUGUUCGUUAUAACCGUAGUUUACUGUACAUACAUAUUGCUAUUUCAUUUUCAAUUAAAUGGUUCUUUUAAAUCUAAAAAAGCGUGGCCUCGACACCGAUAUUUUAGCGUAAAAGACGCGUUGUUUACAUUAUCCUGUAAAGAUAUAUGAAAUAAUGCACUAUUGGGUAUAAAUGUCAUGUGUGGUGUCACGAUCAUGUUAUUUUAGCGUUUCUGGACGCACAAGAAUAACGUUAACCAACCGGUACUGUUAUUUUGCUAUUUGGUAGGGACAACUGUGUAAUGAGUGUUUGCAGCUGCCAAUUUCCUAUUUUAAUAAUCUGUUGAAAAGAUGAGUAACAACGUUAUUUUUUCUAUAUGAUCCUUUUAAAACCAAGACAAAUAUUCUUCUAUUGUGAAUGUAGAAUCAAUUCACCUUCUUCAGAGAAGAACCCUCAUUAUAUUUUUUCCCAGAAUAUGUUAAAAGGGUGCAUAAAAAACGUCAGAAUUUUUCCAAAAAAUGUGUAGUCAUUUCAAGAAUAUUGUUUAGUUGUUGUUUUUGUUAGAAUUUUUAAUGCUGUUACAACUUUAGAUUGUGUAGUGAGUUGUGUUUUUCAUGUUGAUUACUGUAUCCCGUGUAAUUCUGAAAAGCAUUACAUUGUACGAAUAAAACUGUUAAUUCAUACCCGUUUUGGACAAAUAAAAUUACGACAUGAAUUAUGUGUACGGUCAUUUAAUCCCAUAUUGUGGAGUUCAUUUCUGAAGAAUAUCUUUCAUCAAUAUGUCAUUGGGGAUAUAUAACCAUUUACCUUUUUUUAGGUGCGCUUUUUUAUAGCCAACAAAGGGCUAUGUAAUAACUAACACCCCUCGUUCGAAGUGAAUCUUUCCCAAACACUUUCGUAAGAAAUAUAUUUCGUUCGUUACAUUUCGACUUUUCGAUGAAAGCCCAUUGACUUUUGGUCAAGUAAGAGAGGUAAGAAAAGUUUUCAUAACAUAUAGUACCAAUUUAACUACAUGAUUCCAGUAUUUUCGAAAUAUAGCAUAACAAUUCAAUAUUGAUAAGUGGAGCCAAAAGUCUUACAAUACAAUAAUCUAGAAUUUCACAAAUAUAUCAAAGACAUAUAAAUAUCGAGAACAUUAGAUGUUAUUUCACAUAUAUAUUUUCGUCCAGAUUUGAGCUGAUCUAACGUCUUUUUCGGGGGUGUGGUGUGGUUUUCUAUCUAUUUAAAAUAUGUUAAAUUUCACUAUAGCUAACUGAUAACGACUAGAAUAAUGCCACUAUGACAUAUAGUUUACGAAACUUUACAAUCGUUAAGUCGAUGGGCAUGAUCAUUGAUGUGGUGAUGUAUGAUUGCAGCUGUUUUAGUCUCACUAAAUACCCUGAAUCUGAUCCCCAUUAACUGUACAGCAGUCUUAGAGGAAUAAAAGCUUAAAUAACUGUGUUGCUUCACUUUAGGGACCGAACAUUUCAUAAUCAUGGGAUUGGUGGGGUGCUUGGAUUUUUCAAGAGAGUAAUCAGUUUCGAAUAUCUGCCGAAAUACAUUUAAUAAAGUAUAAUGAUGAAUGAUGUAUAAGUGAUGAAAAUUACAUGGAUCACUGGAAAUCAUAUGCAUUGAUGAAAAAGGGUAAGCAUUUUAAGCUCCACCUGUAGCACUCACCACAAAAAGUAAGUGUUUGUUGGUUUUUGCCCAAACAGGAAAAGACAACAUACCUUUUCAGUUAGCACUUCAAGAUAUGCAAAGCAAUUUGUAUACAAAAUGCAUAUUUAAAUUUUAAUUCCCACCAUCUCCAAAAUGUCAAAUGAUCAGCCCCUACUUCCUACUAUGAUGCAUAAAAAACAGCAAAACCCUUUAAAAGAUCGUGUGUUUCCUGUCCAAAAUUAAACGAAAAUCUUAUUGAAUUUCAUCCAAAUUGCUUUGACAUAUGGUUUGGCGCUAAGACACUUCAACGUCAUUUGCAAUUAUAAUUUGGCUCUGCUCUGGAAUAAUAAUACUUUUAGACAUUUUUCAUAUCAAUAAAGAAGUUGUUUUUGUGAUUUAAACAUGUCCGAAAUAAAACCUGUUGCACACGGA